ACGCGUGGGCGACUUCUUUACUACGAAAAAAUCGCGUUUGCGCGUAAAUCAUCAUAUUCCAUUAUCUCUUUCUUCCACGAAGGAUUGCCGCAUAAACUUCAUUAGGGGGACUGAAAAAGGGAGUUUAACGAUGCCAACUCGUUGCUAUGACUCCCUAAGCGUUGUCAACAGUAGCGUGAAAACCACAAAAGUGCGAAAAAUGUCCCUGUUUCGUGUUAUCACGUGGUGGACAACCCAAUGUCCAAGUACCAGUGGAUUUGAUAGUUUCAGUCUCCUAUGUGGAAGACUUGGCUUGGUGGAAGAUGGUGAAAGGGAUUCAAUUGUGGUGGGUUCUCAUUCUGGGCACUUGAGUGUCUUUGCACCAUCACCGCCCGAAAAUGGGGCCACAUUUUCCCCUACAGAUAUUUUGUUAGAGGUCAAACUUCCACAACCCGUUAUUGGUUUGGCUUGUGGAAAGUUCUCUAGCAGUCGAAGUGACAACCGCAGCUGCCUUGCAGUUCUGCAUCCCAUGAAACUCAGCGUUUUCUGGCUAACAGCAACGGAAGGAGUGGCUGAACACGGAACUCAAUUUCGUCUUCAGCUUGCUUACGAAAGUAUCCUUUCGAAGUUUGCUUUUUCAUUGUGUAGUGGAGGUUUUGGGGGAGUCAAGGGAAAGGAAUUCCUCUGUAUCUUACACAUGGACGGUGGUCUAAAGUUCUUUGAACAAGACGGCAUUUCUUACGAAACCCAAUUGCCUGAAGAAAGAACUAUCCCUGCUCCUAUGAAGUACGUCUCUCGCAUUGAUUGCUUCGUAACAGUAGCACCAAGUGGUUUUAUUGAAUGUUUUAAGUAUCAAGAUCUAGCUCAAUCUUCUGACAAUGUGACUUCGCAACAGAUCUGUCCAUUCUGGACUUUCUUCAUUGGAGAGAGUCCCUUAGACAUAGCAGUGCAUCAAGUAACUAAUUCUGAGUCAGUAAUAAUUGUCUUGGGAGAGCAUAACUUAUUCUGCCUAAGUGAUACUGGCAAAAUUAAGUUCAUCAAGAAACUAGACUAUACCGCCGUGUGCCUUCAUAGUUUUGUUAUCGGAUGGUACUGGGAACCUGACGUGAGACUUAUGAUUGCAAUUGCAACGGAAAUGGGAUCCUUGCUCAUCUACGAGGAAUCGAAGCUGAUCUGGUCAGCACAGCUACCUCAAAUUCCUGUAGCACUAUCCAGAGGCACAUUCACAGAUCUAUCAGGAGGAAUUGUCACACUAAGCGAUACUGGGAUCCUUACAGUUGGAUUUCUAGGUUCUGAACCCCAAAUCUUUAAGGUCCCAUCUCUGAACCUCAAACAACUAACCGUUGAGAAAGCUCAAAAGGAGCUGGAAGAUUUAGAAGCUGAAAUCAAAUCUGGAAUUGACUUUACUGAUAUUUCUCUUAUCAAUGCAACUGCCGAGCGGGAGCUAUCGGUUAACGUAACUUUCAGUAAGAUUCUAGUUCAAUCUACGUACGCUCCUAAGGGUGAAGAUGAAGAAAGUGAUAGUCCGAAGAUGUGUGAAAUCAGCGUUGUACUUAAGGCAUCCGUUAAUAUUGAUCAUAUUCAAGUGAUUGUAAACGCUAAUGCGCCUCUAACAGCCAAGGAUCCAAUUCAUGUGUUUCGGGACGUCGAAGACAAAGCAACCCGAAGGCUAUCGACUUGGAUCUACAUGGGAAAGAGGCAGGACCCAACUUCUCUUAAAGUUACUGUUCUGGUCUCCUCCAUCAAUAGGCAGGGAAUUCCAAGGGUUACUGAGAAGAGUAUCUUCUUACCCAUUGGACUGGUAUACAAGAAUUGUCUACCUCAGAAGGAAGCAAAGUACAAGAUCGUUAUAGAAACUGAUAACGUUGGGAAAGGUGGCAUUGCAGGCCUAUUCAAUGAGAUGCAGUUUGAAGCAUCAGCCCAAGCUAUAGCUUUCAAAUCAAUGUAUUCAGGAAUAUCUACAACCAUUGUAGCUGCAAAGAACUCCAAUCGCUACAGAAUUCAAAGUGAUAGUCUUGAAUCUAUGUCAGCAAUUCUUAGUCUGUUUUUGAGUCGUUUGCAGACGUCUUCUGACGAAUCCGACAAGAUCAAGAUCACAGGUACUUUCUUCACAGAAGAGUUCCUAAACGCACUUGAUAAUCAUGCAAACUGCGCGCAAAAAAUGAAGGAAACUAACGAUGAAAUUGAUGGUCGACUUAAGCAAAUGCGACUAAUUCAACGGAGUAUCCUGUCAAAAUUGCAAAACAAAUCUUCAGAAGCUCUCACUGGACUUCAGAUGCUUCUUAAACUCACUCAUGAAGACAUUGUGCGGCUUACAGAACAAUUUAAAGAUCUUGAACGGAAAUCGGAAGACAUCAAAGUCAGUUUGUGCUGCAUUUUAAAUAUUAUUCGGGAAACUUUGAAAUAUUCAGGACUGCCCAAUCAUGUCACGGAGAGUCUGCAGAGCAUUCUUAUCACUCCCAUCAAUGAUUGGAUAGAACAGACUUGGGAGGAGUCUAUUGCUGCUUCUGUGGACUUGAUAAGCCAUGUGGGAGCUUUGAGCAAGAACAAGGGAAUGGAUUUUGAGGAAAAUUAUUCUUUCCUGGUCACUAACCCUUUUGACUUGGAGCGUCUGAAGCGACAAUUGAAUAACCUCUUUGAGAGGAUCGCUAGGAUGAUUCAAGAGGGAAGUGUGGAAAUUCAGGAAGAUUCCCGGAAAGACGUGGAAAUCAGUGACUGGCUCAAUGAGGCUUCACCAACAGUCAUGGAAAAUUGA